ACAGAACGAAAGAAGGGGAACCACUCACUGAGGAGGAGGAAGGGGCACUCACAGCGGAGGAUAAACAGUCGUGUAAGAACCAUUAGAGCCAUCAUCCCUCGCUUUCGCCAUUGAGGAGGAAGUGGAGGAAUUUUUCAAUAGCGUGCAAUCUCGUAAUUUUGUCGAGGGCAACCAAACAAUAAGUGGGUACUUUGGUAAAUUGAAACCUAAUAGCGUUGCAAUCUCGUAAUUUUUCACUAAGAAAAUUGGGGCUUUAUAGUCUCUGACCAUCCUUGUUCCUUAAUCGACUGAGCGAAAGUGCAGAUGAAAAGAAGACUGUUUACAACAGAAGCUCAUGAGCAGGCGAUUGAGAGCAUUCAGGCGAUGGAUGAGGUCCCAGGGGAUCGAAUGCAGCAAUGCUCUCGAAAUAAUCGACGGCGGCUAUGAACAAGGGUUCUCUGUGAAAGCCCUAUGCGGUUUAGCAGAAGGGGAUCUUGUUGCAACCAUACCCAAGAGUGCUUGCCUCACAAUCCAGACCUCUGCGGCUCGUGAUAUAAUUGAAGACGCAGGAUUAGCAGGUUUGUUGGGUCUUGCGGUUGCCCUAAUGUAUGAAAAAAGCUUAGGGGAGGCGUCGGCUUGGGCCGGGUAUCUGCAGCUCCUACCUGACAGGGAAUGUGUGCCCUUGGUCUGGACCUUGGAUGAACUUGACUCUCUUCUUUAUGGGACUGAACUGCACAAGGCGGUAAAGGAAGACAAGAAUCUUUUUUACGAGGAUUGGAAAGAGUGUAUUCUGCCUCUUAUAGCUAAUGGGCCAUUUAAACUCAAUCCAAAUUGUUUUGGUGUCGAACAAUAUUUUGCUGCAAGGAGCCUUAUUUCUUCUCGAUCCUUUGAGAUAGACGACUAUCAUGGAUCUGGAAUGGUGCCACUGGCAGAUCUCUUCAAUCACAAGACAGGAGAUGAAAAUAUUCACUUCACUUCUGUAUCUUCCCAUUCUGGUUCUGGCAGUGACAAUGAUCUUGAGGACAACAGGGAUGGAAGUUGCAUUAAUAAACUGUCAACUGAAGAUCAUCACUUUAGAGAGAAUACGUCCUCAAGUUCUCUUUCUGGAAAAUAUUCUCUCAAUGAUAAUCAUGUUGGGUACUCUCCAAAUUAUGAGGAUGAUCCUACGGCUCUAGAAAUAAUUAUUGUGAAGGCUGUCGAAGCUGGGGCUGAGGUCUUCAACACUUACGGAUCAAUGGGGAAUGCUGCUUUGCUUCAUAGAUAUGGAUUUACAGAGCCUGAUAAUCCCUUUGACAUUGUGAAUAUUGAGCUAGACACUGUGCUUGAAUGGACUAAAUCAUUGUACUCCAGCCGUUAUGUUCGAGCAAGAUUGUCACUGUGGAGGAGGUUGCGUUUUUCAGGAUGUGUUGGUCUAACUUCUGAAUAUUUUGAAAUCUCAUCAGAUGGUAAACCUCAGCUUGAUCUUCUGAUUCUUCUCUACUUCAUUUUCUUGACUGAGGAAGCAUAUCACAAAUUGAAUCAGAUGUUACCAUCCUUUGGCAACAUCAGUGAAGCCAUUCCCAUUAUUCUGUUGGAGACGAACAAUUUGAAAUUCCCACCAGAAACUCCUGAAGUGGGGAAUGAACUUUUGCUGACAGAUAUGGUUCGUGAAGCACUUAAGUCACUUGCAGACAUUCGGGAGAGUUUCUAUGGUGAGUCAAUAGAAGAUGACAUAGAGGUGCUGAAGAGGGGUUGUCUCAUGCUGGAGAGGAAGUUGUACCAUUCAUUGACGUUGCGGAUGAGCGAAACGAGGAUUAUUCAGAAGCUCAGGGCGUAUGCUUCUCCGGCUUCCCGCAGAACCAAGAGAACAUAUACGAGGAAACGUUGAAUAGAUGACCGAUUCAUUCAAUACGAGCUCUUCAAACUGCCUGUCAGUAUAUCUGCAGAUGUGAAAGUGUAGUGGAUCUGACUGACCUAGGAGCUCUAUCCCCCUCAAAACACCCAUCCCAAAAAAGAAAAAGAAAAGAAAAGAAAAAAAUCUAAUUGAAACUAGGGAUUCUUAUCCAGGAUGGCUGACCUACCUGCGACUGACCCACCAUAGGAGAAUCCAGGUGGACUAAUUUCUUGAUCAAGCUGAAGAGUUUUAACACAAUUUAUGGAAUGGAUGGUUUUGGUUUUAAUCUAGUUGGUAUUUUCGAGGAACAUUGGAUUCGGCGGUUGGGUUGCAGGUGGACUGCUGUCUACUUGGACCUCAAAAACCAGUAUAAACCUUGGGAGCAAAAAUGGUCCGAGUACUGUUGAACUGAAUGGUGUUGCCUCCAAUUGAUUGAUGGAUCAGUCCCUUUGGGGGUCGACAGUGUUUCCAUGAAACAGUGGACUGACUGCGUGAUCUGAUCACUUUUAUCAAAACAAUUAAUUGAACCAUUGGCAAAAA